CCAAGUCUACGGCGACUUUGAAAGAGACUUAACUGAUCAAGUGAGAUGCUCGCAUAUUCUACCAUGCUUGUUUACACACGCAAGUAUUUAUGUUUGUAUGUUCUUCAAUUCUCUCAAUUGAUUUAUUCUAUGAAUCCUGCUCCCUCAAGAUUAAUCAACUUUUCUCAACUUUUAGAUUCUUCUAUCAAGAAGAAUCUUAAAACCAUGUCGUUGUUUCUACUUACUUUGUUAAUGCUUACUUCACAACAUGUUUCUGCUUCAAGUACUGAUCAUCAACAAGCUGAUGGAGGAGUGCUAGAAGUGGAGGCGUUACUCAAAUGGAGAAAGAGCCUCAGUGGCCAAGCUCAAUCUCUUCUCUCUUCAUGGAAACCCGUUCCCGGAUCAAACAUAAGCCCAUGCACUUGGUCUGGGAUCCACUGCAAUGAUGGUGGAAGUGUCUCCACCAUAAACCUAACCAAUUUCCAGCUGAAAGGUACGCUUGAUGACUUCAGCUUCUCAUCCUUCCAUAAUCUGUCUUGUCUUGAUCUCCAACACAAUUCCCUCAAAGGAAAUAUCCCUCCCCAUAUCAGUAAUCUAUCCAAGCUUACCAUUCUCAAUCUGGGUUAUAAUCAAUUCACCGGAUAUAUUCCUCGGGAUAUAGGAACUAUGAUGAAACUCAAUGUCUUGAGCUUCUCAAACAAUCUUCUUCUGGGUUCUAUUCCUGCCACUUUUGAAAACUUAUCCAAUCUUUCAGUACUAAACCUUGCCAACAAUCGCCUAUCCUGCUCAAUCCCACCGGAGCUUGGAAGGUUGAAAUCCCUCAGUGAGCUUCGUUUGAAUUUAAAUGACUUGACGGGUGCAAUCCCUGCCUCUAUAGGUGAUCUCAUAGGCCUCAAGGUUUUGUCUCUCUAUGGAAACCACUUGUCUGGUCCACUACCUCCAGAGAUCAACAAGCUUACCAAUUUGACGUUGUUCUUUUUGUCAAACAAUAGCAUUUCUGGUUUGUUACCUGAAAAAAUUUGUCAUGGAGGCAUACUUGAAGAUUUUUGUGCAAGUAACAAUCGCUUUACGGGUACUAUUCCUAAAGGUUUGAAGAACUGCACAAACUUAUCUAGACUUCGACUUGACAGGAACAACCUCGUUGGAAACAUAUCAGAAGACUUUGGUGUGUACCCAAAUCUUGAUUACAUUGAUUUGAGCUACAAUAAUUUUCAUGGACAAGUAUCACCAAAUUGGGGAAAAUGCCAGCGGCUCACAAGCUUGAAAAUAUCCAACUGUCAUGUCACUGGUGUGAUACCGCCAGAGCUCGGAGAGUCAACAGCUCUGCACUAUUUAGACCUUUCUUCAAAUAAACUUGAAGGCAGAAUACCAAAUGAGUUAGGAAAGCUGAAGUCGUUGUUCAAUCUAACUUUGAGUUUCAAUAGUCUCUCAGGCAAGAUUCCUCCUGAAAUUGGAUCGUUGCCUGAUCUUUCCUAUCUUGAUCUAGCAGCAAACAAUCUAAGUGGCACCAUACCCAAACAACUUGGUAAAUGCUCAAAGAUGCUUUACUUAAAUUUGAGCAACAACAGUUUUCAUGAUGGCAUUCCUGCUGAAAUCGGGAAUUUGGUGUCUCUGCAAGUUCUGCUAGAUCUUAGUAGAAACUUGCUUUCUGGGGAAAUUCCGUGGCAACUUGGGAAUUUGAUCAAAUUGGAAGUUUUGGUACUCUCUCACAAUAACUUCACUGGUUUCAUUCCAUCCACAAUGGACCAGAUGCAGAGUUUGAGAAUAGUUGACCUAUCCUACAAUGAGUUGGAAGGUCCAAUUCCUAAAAGCAAAGCCUUCAAAGAAGCACCACCAGAAGCAUUUACACACAACAAAGGCUUGUGUGGCAACCGCACUAGCUUGAUGAAUUGUCCAGCUCCUCCCGUAAACACUACGAAAGACGGCAAGCAUCUACUACUCCUGAUCGUCCUUCCUGUUUCUGGAGCUUCAUUCUUCUUGACCAUUCUUAUUGGUUUUGUUUGUAUUCUAAGAAAAGAAUGGAGGAAGAGCAUGAGAAACAAGCUCAUUGAUUCACAGCAAGGAAAUUUGUUUACGAUCUGGAGCUAUGAUGGGAAGCUAGUAUAUGAAGACAUCAAUGAAGUGACUGAGGGUUUUAAUGCCAAGUACUGCAUUGGAGUGGGAGGGCAUGGAAGUGUUUACAAAGCCAAGCUGUCAACAGGUCAGAUUGUAGCAGUAAAGAAGCUUCACCCAUUGCAGUAUACAAGAUCGGACGAUCUGAAGACAUUUGAGAGUGAAAUUCAAGCAUUGAAUAAAAUUCGACACAGAAACAUUGUGAAGCUUCAUGGUUUCUGCUUGCAUGCCAAGCAAUCAUUUUUGGUUUAUGAGUACUUGGAAAGGGGAAGCUUAGCUCGGAUCCUGGAUAAUGUAGAACAGGCUACAGAGUUGGAUUGGUCUAAGAGAAUCAAUAUUGUCAAAGGGGUUGUGAAUGCUCUUUGUUACAUGCAUCACGAUUGCAAGCCGCCUAUUAUUCAUCGUGACAUAUCUAGCAGCAACAUAUUGUUGGAUCGCAAAUAUGAAGCUCGGGUGUCUGAUUUUGGCACUGCUAGACUUAUAAAGCUUGAUUCUUCGAACUGGACAGGGCUUGCUGGCACUUACGGAUACAUUGCACCAGAACUUGCUUACACGAUGAAGGUCACUGAGAAAUGCGAUGUAUAUAGCUUCGGAGUUGUUGCACUGGAAAUAAUUAUGGGGCAUCAUCCUGGUGAACUAAUAGGUUCUCUUUCAACUUUGUCAACAUCUUCGGAAUGGAAUCCCGGGAGUACUACGUUGUUGAAAGAUUUGUUGGACAAACGCCUAGAAACUCCUGCUCGUGAAUUGGCUGUCCAAGUUGCCAUAAUUAUCAAGCUCGGAUUCACAUGCAUCAAUGCCGAUCCAAAAUCUCGCCCCACGAUGCCUCAGGUUUCUCAAGAGCUAUCGAUUUCAAGGCUUGAUAUCUCCUCCGCGCCAUGGCACACACUUACUUUAGGAGAGCUUGUGAACCUUGAUUUGCAAGUAGAGGAACCGUAACGGUGUGAAGUGCCGCUGAGGACCACAACUUGUGUGUGUAUUUAUCCUUAACAAUGUAACUUCUAUUACCGUCAAUCAACUUCUGAGGCUAGUGUAAAUCAUUUUUAACCACAAUUAUUUUCUUAAAUUAUCUAUUACCGAGAACGACUAUUGUGUACCCAAAUAUUGAUAAAAAGUCAUUU